GAACAUUUAUCUUUUGGCAAUCUUUAUACAAGCAGCUUUAUUCACUAGUAGUACAUUAUCUUGCUAUAUGUAUCGACUGUCAUGAUGCAGACAACUUUGUGAUUAUCUGUCUACUAUCAAAAUGAAUACUGGUUAAACCAACAAAAGCAGCUCAUGAAUCAGAAAGGAAGUUAAAUCAAUGCUUGGAAUACAAAAGUGAAAAAUCAUUGAAUAAAGUUACAUUAUUGCAAUGUACAUACUAAGGAUAAGUACCACAAAUAACUUGAUUUCAUUAAAACUUAUUUUGAAAAACUGAACUAUGGAUAGUGAUAGGGAGAGUGAAAGACUGUUUUCCCUGAGGCUGUCCCGUGUGAUGGGGGAUAUCGGCGUCAACAGCUGGGUGAUUGCCAGGAGAAGGAGAACACACCUACAGAUUGAGACUAUAAGGAAUGUUUAUAAGGUGUUGAAAGAUGUGAAUGAUACUGAUUACAUAUUUGGAAGUCAGAGUGAGGCAACAACCACUCCUGGGAUGGACUCAGAUACUGACUAUUUGUUUAGUGAUAACAGAGAACAUGUGGCUCUUUCAUGGAGGGACUGGCAAUAUGGAAAGCCAAAUCUUCUGGUGUUAAAGGAUGAGCACACUCCUCCCCAAGUCUGCUACUUACAAAGACUGAGAAGUGACUGCCCACUAUCAGUACUACACCCAAAAGGUCCUGAUGAUGUGUUGGAUGAAGAUGGGAGAGUUUUAUUGACUAAUACAAUGGUACAAUUACAGGACUUUGUGCAGAGCUUAAGUGAGUCUGGUGAAAUAUUUCGACAUGGCCCAUCAAUGACACAUGAUAAAAAUCAUGACACUGUCCACGCAUACCAUUGUGGACAGCUGCCAGACGAAUGCCUGUUCAUGUUCCACAGACCACGCCCCGGACACUGGCCUAGACCUGACACACUAGCCCGGGCCAGGGAGACUGGUGUAUUCCUGGUGCCACAGGGCUACACUGAGAGUCCAACUAAAAAAUCUAGAGCAUGUCAAAUAACCAAAGUGACCUACAACAGGAAGUAGUUUCUGUGCUGACCCCAUUCCUAUGCAGCACCCUUGCCUCCAUCCAGGCUUCAAGGUGCAUCUACCUGGGACAACCAGUCACACUG